AUGCCGCUGUUCGGCUGGAUGAAGCGGCCGCGCGGGGAGGCCGAGCGCGCGCGGGGAGUGGUCGCCGAGCCGGGGGGCCCCAGCCGGACGCUGAUGCGGGAGCUGCUCUGGCACGUGGAGGAGAGGGAGCGGUUGGCCAGGGAGGAGGAGCACGAGCACCGCCUCUCCCGCGGCACCCUGGGAUACCGCUGGACGAGCAGCUACCCCAGCCUGCGCGCCCUCAUCCCGCCGUCCGAACGCCAGCAGCUGGAGCACCUGUGCGCCCAGGUAGCUCCUGUGCACACCGCCGCUGUGCUCUGCAGGUUCAGAGAGGUACUCGCCAGCAACAACAUCCUGCCCUGGGAACUGGUGUACGUCUUCAAGCAGGUCCUGAAGGACUUCCUCGACAAGGAAGAGGAUGAGGAGGAGCGACAGCUGCUUGGGCCAAUGGAGUCGUGGACAAAUCGCUACCAUAUGAAGCAAGGAUUUCUCACUCCAACCGUGCCAGACUGUGGUGAGACUCACAAAGAGGAGAUACCCACCAUCUCCAGCUACGUGGACCGCAGUAUGCGCAGGGCCUGCCCCUACAUGGCCCAGAGGGACUGGGACCUUCCCUACUAUUACCCCACCCCCUACAACUACACUGAGGCCUAUAGCACCAUGCUAUAG